AUGUUAUAAUAAUCCCCUUUGCAGCCAGACAGGACCAGAGAGGAGAACAGUUAGGACCGAGAGAUGUGCUAGAGGCUGAGAGGGAGGCAGAGACAAAACUUGAAGACAACUAACCAGCCUUCGGGGGGGGGAAGGAACCCCCCAGCCCUAAGCCUUACUGCAGCAGGAGGGAGGAAGGAUCCUCCAGCCCCCCCCGCUUUUUCCCUUCUCGUCUGGGCGCUGGGCAUUGCACCUCCGCCCCGGGAGAGCAGCCCCCUGCCCGAGCCUGCCCUCCUGCCCCUCCCCGUGAACCGCAGCCCCUAAAUCGCAGCCAGAAGCUGCGGUCCAGCAGCAGAAGCGGCAAGGGAUUUCCCAGGCACCGGCGAGCUGGCGUUGGGUUUGUUUUUGACUCUUAUCCCCCGGCGCUCGCUGUGUGAAGCAAAUCCCUCGGAGGUGGGGGAGAAGUGGCUUCCGUGACAGCGGAGGGAGGAGGGAAAUACAAGCAAAUAAACCAAACCAAAAUAAAAAGAGAGAAGAGCCAAGAAAGCACUUGCUUCUCAUCAUCUCUCGGGGAGAAAAGCCAACUCUGUUCUUCUUAUGACCCUCUGCUGCAGGGAGCAAAGGGAAAGAAGGUACUGGGGUAGACCUCCUAACAAAGCAGGGUUCACGCUGCCCGCACCCCAUCGCUACCCCAGUUAGCAGCAGGCUGCGGGAGGUGCGGGGGGCUAGGGAAGGUUGCCGGGGGAACCCAGGCAAAGCCAAACCGAAGCCGCACCAAAAGCAAGGAGCAGAAAUGAAAGUUUCAAAAUAGCAUCCAAACAACCGCGAAGGACCGGACCGAACAGAGCUCUCCGCAUCGCAUCAGCCCUCGAUGGUGCAUUCGAGGGGCUGCAUCAGGGAUGUGAACGUCCCCAGCCCGCUGCAUGGAGAGGGGUAAAGACACAGAAAAGCCUUGUUAUUUAUUUAUUUAUUGGAAGCAAUGUAUGGGUGACACCCAGAAGGCAUCCGAGCCCUGAAAAAAAACCACACACCUCUGCACCCAAACGAGAACAAGAAGAAUGAGACAGCAGCCUUGACCCCUACACUGAGAGGAAGGUGAGCAGAAAGAAAGAAAGAAAACACAGAAAAGCCAUGCAAGCACCAAACCUGUAGAUUACUGCAGCUCUUUUUUGCUUCACUGAGGACAGAUAUUUUACUGACAGCCAUGCAGCGUAAAGGCAUCAUGCUGAUUGUGUUCUUGGAAUAUCUUAUUUCUGGCCAUGGGGAAGCAGAUCCCGUGAGGCUACAAGCCUUCCGCUGCAAUGGCCGUUCUUGCAACCCUCCGGUGGGAAACCUUGCAACAGGGAGGACACCAGUCACUCUCACCACGUGUGGCCAGAACAGUACAGAACUGUACUGCUUCUACCCAGACCAAAAUCUCCUCCAUCAGGUCUCCCAUGGCUGUGGGCAGCCUCGCUGCACCAAAUGCAAUGCCAACCAGCCUGAUAACUCCCAUCUCCCUGCUGACAUGACAGACGAUUUUUUUGCAAACCCCAUCUCCUGGUGGCAGUCUGCCCAAGGAGUACACAGGGAAGAAAUCAGACUGGACUUUGAAACAGAAUUCUACCUGACUCAUGUCAUUGCUGUGUUCAAGUCACCUCGCCCAGCUGCGAUGGUGUUGGAAAGAUCCCAGGACUAUGGGCAGACUUGGAGGCCCUACAAGUAUUUCUCUGUCAACUGUACAGCAACUUUUGGGCUCCAGGAUGAUAUUAUUGAGGAAGGCUCCAUGUGCACUUCCAGGUAUUCUGAUGCAGUGCCCUGCACCAGAGGAGAGGUGAUUUAUCGUGCCUUAAGUCCGGCUAACAAGAUCGAAGACCCCUAUAGUCCUGAGGCUCAAGAUCUCCUGAAACUCACCAACCUCCGCCUCCUUUUGCUAAAAAGACAGGAAUGUCCAUGCCAUGGUUCAGGAUUGGUGGAGAAACCUCAGAGAUUUGCCCACUAUGCUAUUUAUGACCUGAUCAUCCGGGGAAGCUGCUUUUGCAAUGGGCAUGCAGAGGAAUGCGAGCUUGCCAACAGGACAGGAGUCAUGGAGAACAUGGUCCAUGGGAAGUGUGUGUGUAGACACAACACAGCAGGGGACCACUGUGAGAAAUGUGCACCGCUAUACAAUGAUCAGCCUUGGAAGCCAGGAGAUGGAAAAACAGGGGCACCAAAUGAAUGCAGAAAGUGUCGCUGUCACAACCACACUGACAGCUGCCAUUUUGAUCUGAGUGUUUGGCUGGCAUCAGGAAAGCGCAGUGGUGGAGUCUGCGACAACUGCAAGCAUAACACAGAGGGACAUCGGUGUCAAAGGUGCAAACCAGGAUAUUACCGAGAUAGAGGGAAACCCAUGUCUUCUGCAGAGGUCUGCAAACCUUGCGCCUGCCAGCCAAUGGGUUCAGCCAACGCAACUUUCAGCAGAAGCUGGCGAUGCCACCCCAAGACGGGAUUCUGCUACUGCAAGCCAGGUGUGGCGGGCCCCAACUGCGAUAGAUGUCUCAUGGGCUACUGGGGCUUUGGAGAAAAUGGCUGUCGCCCUUGUGACUGUGCCAGAGACUGCGACCAGCAUACUGGAAACUGUUUCAAUGGCUAUGACAAUGAGCCGUUCUUUAACAUCCCCAUUGGGGGACGAAUCCCUGACCUUGUGCAAACACCAACCAACGAGAGUGAAGAGGAGUGGAAAUGGAAUGACCAUGAGCAGGGAUUUUCUGCACUGAGGCAUCCAGAGAAGUGUGUGUGCAAAGAAAAGGUGCUUGGAAGCGUCACUGACUUCUGCCAAAUGAAAUAUGCUUAUGUGAUAAAAGCAAGAAUCCUAUCAGCUCAUGACAAAGGGACCCACGCGGAAGUUGUUGUGAAAGUGAAGAAGGUCCUGAAAUCAGGCAAAGUGAAAAUUGCUCGGAGCAACAGAAGCAUUUACCCAGAAUCCUGGACCAACAGGGGAUGUACAUGUCCCAUUCUCAAUCCUGGUACUGACUAUCUUAUAGCAGGCCAGGAAGACUCUAGGUCCAGCAAACUCCUUGUGAACAUGAACAGCCUGGUGAAACCCUGGAAAGCAUAUUUGGGAAAACAAGUAUCAGAUAUUCUUCGAACUGGGUGCAAAUAAUUUCUGCUUCGGAAGUUGGUGAACUUUGCCUUUUAGUAACACUGCAGUGAAAGGUGGUGUUAGUUCAUGCAUUUCCAUUCAACAUGCUCCUAGCUGAAGUGAUGAAAGCAGAUUUACCAUCCUUUCUCCUUUCACGUGCUUAGACAGGAAACUUGGGACAUGACUACUUUUUUCAAAAAUGCACAGCCUUAUCAUACAAAAUCGUCUAGUGCAUCAUACAUAGGUUACAAAGUUCUUAAGUUGAGCCUGAUUCCACACACCCAGAGAAUCAUUUUACAAGGCAAAACUAAAGAUAUGGAUUAGCAUUUCCAUACUUCAGGUCAGAGCCUGAUAUUAAUAUCCAUAAGCUGCUUACAUAAUGCAUUCAUUACUUGGGUAUAGUUUUCUUUGUAAGUGACCACUAACAGGCAGCAAUUUCUUUCAGCUUUAUAAGUGGCAUAAUACUAAACAAGCAUGUCAAAUAAUACUUAUUUAAAAGAGCUCAGAUUGAUUUAACAUCAGACUGCAAUUAUUCCAAUAUAACAGGUUGCUUUCUAGAAGGCAGUAUUAUCCCAUUGCUGAACAGAAACAAACUAAUAUGUGACUUAUCUUGGGACAAGGUCCUUUAUAGAUGUACAUGGCUAUCAUCAAUGCUUAGCGCUGAGGUCUGCUGCAGAAACCACCUUGGCUCAAACUUGAUUCCAAAUCCAACCCUUGCUCUUUAAGGUCAUUUUGCUCUUUGCUGUAGUACGUUAGUCUGUAACACCACAAAGGUUUCACAGUGAUUACCAGUGAAAAGCCUUAAUGCUAGGAAAGAGCCAAAACAUGUGAGGAACUAGCAGCUGCUCUAGUGUUGAGAUUGUAACACUGCAAAAGCUAUAAGGCAGAAGCAGGAGGAGGUAAAUGGAUUGGCUGGACUGUGUAUUAAAUGAGGUAGCUAUAGCUCCUGUAAGAGUAACCUGGCUAUUCAAACUGUGCUCAAGACCACUGGCAUUUGAUUGCACUUAGCGCUUUCAUUCUGCUUUAUUUCUCUUGGUCACACUUCAGGUUAAGAUAUUGAAGUUAGGCUUCCUUCCCAUUGUGCCUGAGGAUUAUUUUUGCCUCCACAGAAGUAUAGGAGCGGUAACAUCUGCACUCUAGGUAAAAACAGUUCUGUUCUGCAAAAGCAUUCUUUCUCAAUCAAUUUUACCCUACCCUAUAGUAAUUAAGAGGUAGCUAUUUAAAUCAUUCCCUAACACAAUAGUUUCAGGAAAUUGUAGUUUAAGACCUGCAUCCCCUGUUUAAGGGCUCACAAUCAAAUGAAGCUGGCUGGAGCACAUUCCCUUUUCAAGUAAAGCAGAAAUUGUAAUGAGUCAGUUUAGUCUUUCAGGGGGUUACAGAGAAAAACGCAUGCACACAUGCUACUUUCGCAUAGUUCUAUUCCAUGUCUAUAAUUUUUUUAAUGCGCUCAGGAAAGAGGAGAUGUCUUCAUUUAGCACUGUGACUGGCACAUGGAGUAUCUAGAAAAACCUAAUAAUGAUGCAGAAUGAUGGAAGUCCCAGUCUACAACUUAGGCCAUCAGUUUGUUCUCUUUAUCACGGGGAACCUGAAAAAUCAGCUUCUUUCAUUCCAUUUGUUGCUGUUUUCCUUUUAACUUCAUAUUGUUGAAUAGCAGAAAAAUCCUCAGCUCAUUUGGAAAUAGAUGACAGGCAGGUAUUUUCAAAAUAAAAGCCCCACUUUUUUUCCCCACAGCGCAUAAACAUUUCUUCCUCCCCCCUUUUCAGGAAGCCUCCCCUCCUCCAUUGCCAUUGCUUUCCCUCUUUCACUUCAUUAUUUAUUUGUUGUUACCUAAAGCGGUAUCCAACAACAUGGCAUCUCUAACAAGCUAUUUAAUUAAUGCAAUAAAACACUUUUUAACCAAGGAAUUUGGCUUAAUUUGAAAUGUCAGCUUACAGAAAUUAAGAGCAUAGCAACUGCUUUCUUUAAUGUCUCCAGAAAUAGUCUCACAACAAAAAGAUUGACUAGUUCUCUUUCAAAUAUCACUAAAAAUAAAGAUGUGUACGUGAAUUUACAGUCUGUUCUCAAAGGGCCUCUCAGAAUAAAUGAAAAAUCAAGUGUAGGUUUAGAACUAAGCUAAGGAACAUGCUUUUCAACAGAGGCCAUUUUACCUGCCCGGAAUCUUAUUUAAUGAUGUUCAUAUUCCAUUUUGGUUUAUUGUCACUACCAUAUUAAAACAAACUCCCAUAUUCCUCUUUUUGAGCCAGAUGGGUGAUUUUUGUGGUGAGGGUAAACAUCUGCAUAGUUCCUUUCCGUGGAUGAAAGUUAUUUUUUAACGUGGUCAUUGUCGUGCAUUUCUAGCUACUGUUGGUAGAAAUACUAUUUGUAAUAAGAAUAUUGAUACCCUGGUGUGUUCUCUUGGGGCCUACUAUAAUACAGUGAUUAAUGACUACCAAAUGCAAACAGUGUUGUAUGCAAACAAGAUAGUCAUCAAUAUAUCACACAUUUCAGGUAUCUCAAAAGUAGGUGAUAUAUACACACACACUUUAGAGAAAAGUGUAAAGCAAGUGGAGUGGGGGAACCCCAAAAUAUUCAGCUGAUUUCUUCUCUCCCUUCUAAUUUCCCAUUCUUUUUGAAUCUCUAAUUUACUGGCUGGUACCUGUAUAGCUAAGUCUACUUCAUUCCCUUCAUUAGUUAGAAACAUUGCACAUUUUGUCCCAACUACUAGCUCGUGUUCAAUGGUUUUACUCUACAGAGUAGCAGGUAUCCCAUAAGUCUGGAAUUUGAUUUGCAAGUGAAAAAUAAAAGCACAUUAGUGUGAGUCAACACUGCAAGUUGACUUUUUAUUGGUAUCACUACUUCUGCUAAACAGGUAUCUCUGAGUUCACAGAGAAGAAAAAUAAAAGAAUAAAGUUCCAACUCACACAGA